GUCCCGACCCCAAGCACGUCGUCCGAGCGUUCCCCGGUCCUGCUAACGACGAGUCCAAUCAAGCGCUCUCCAUGUGUGGAUUGUAAUGAGCGCCAGCUUGCGCGGCCAUACGACUGGAGUACCAAGCUUGUCGUGGGGCUGCACCCGCGUGCGGUGUCCCACUUACACAUCCAAGCCGCCCAGCACGAAACGAGGCCGCCCCGGGCAGCCUCCAGGCACUAGGACAAGCAAGUCAGACAAGCCAGCCAGGGCCCCGGGCGCCCACGACAAGCACUUAAACGCCCACGACGAGCACUGGACAAGUCAGCCCACGCGAGCCGCAGCGAUGAUCGGCGCCAUCGUGGGCGCGCGCCGCGCGGCGCAUCGGGCGUCGUACGACAAUGGCGCCCGCCGCCGCCGCCGCGAGAUGGAGCGGCGCGCCUUGUCUAGGCAUCAGUGGGCCUUCACGCUCGAACCGGCAAACCGCGGCCACGUCCAGGCGCGGCGGCCCUGGACGCGGGAGGAUGAUCAGGCCCUGUCGGACGCCGUGGCCGCGGAGGAGCUUGCUGUCCAGUCGUCGCUCGGCGACGACGUCAUUGGUGAAGUGCACAUCGACUGGGCCCGCGUCGCGCACGCGGUGGAGCAGGCGACGGGCCACCGGCGCACGGGGGCCGAAUUGCACGCGAGGCACGCGCGGCUGCCGCCGGCGCCGCCGCAGUACGUUGAACAGAUCCCGCCCGGCGCGGCGGACGACUUCCACCACGCGCAGCUGCCGCGGGCCGAAUCGCGCCAUUCCGUCCCGACGGCGGCCUGCGAGCCCGUCCAAAAGAAGAAGCGGGGCGUCCUCGCGUCCAUGAAGGCGGCGCACCGGUUCCUGUUUAGGAGGAGGGAGAAGACGAAGCCGCGCGUCGUGGCCGUGCGGUGUCCUAACUAAUUGUUGUAUUCGCGGCGGCGGCGUGGGGGUAGCGGUCUCGACGCCGUCGACGCGAAGACUAGUAACUACGGACGACGACCCUUACACUAGAGCCUCCGCCCGCGA